ACACACGCCCUUUUUGGAAGUAACACACAGUUAUGUUUACCAACAUUGGCGGCUCACGAAAAAAGGAGCAAUAAAAAUUCAGUUUAUAUGUGGAAAUUUUAUUGAAAAUUGUUCAUCCGUAAUGGAAACCUCUUCUACAGGAUGUCGGUUGUGCCUGGAUCCAUUUGCGGACAAUUUCGAUUCGAUCGAUAACCUGAAGGAACAGAUGGAUAAAGUGUUCCGUUUCGUGAUCGAAUUCAAACCCGGAUGUUCAACCACCGUGUGCCAGAGUUGUUCCUAUACGGUUUGUGAAUUCUACAAGUACUCGGAAAAAGUACGGGUCAAUCAGGAAUGGUUAAACGGGGAAAGAGUUAGAACUUCAGACUCACCAGCUGAAGACAUCAAGACAGUACUCGUUCCCGAGGAUGUGAAAGACGAGCCAACAAUACCUAACAGCGUCGUUGAAGUUGUCCAAGACGAGAGCGUCUCAGCCCAAGCCGACAAAAUACCCGAAUUGAAAGAUGAAUCCGGAGGGGAUUCUGGUGAUGAUCAAUAUCCCAGUGAUGAUUCGUAUAAGCCCCCAGUUAAAACUACCAAACCCGUGCGGAAAAGAAAACCCCAAAGUAAAACAUCGUCAAGCGAAGACUCGGAUUCUUUCGAUUCGGAAGAUGAUGUAGAAUUGCGGCCCAGGCGGAAGCCGAGAAAUCCCAAAGCACAAGAAAAGAGAAACAAUGAGAAUAAACAAAUUAUGGAGUUUUACCAGAUGACAUGUGAUGUUUGCAGCUUUCUAGCGGAAGAUUACAGAUCACUCUUAACGCAUUUUAAGAAAGAGCAUAAACGCAAAGCCUUCAUAGUUUGCUGCAAAAGGAAGCUAGUUUCUAAAAAGGCACUUCUUAAUCACAUCACCUUUCACAGUGACCCGAAUGCGUUCCGCUGCAACCAGUGCAAUAAAAGUUACAAAGACCCCGGAUACCUGGAAAUGCACAAGACUCACGUACACGGAACCCAAGAGAAAGAAUACCCCUUCAAAUGUGAGGAAUGUGGGAAGUCCUUCCAGAGGAAACACAUGCUAACGGCACAUAAAGAUAAACACAAAAGGAUUCAAUGCGAGAUUUGCAACAAGGUUCUCUCGAGCAGCGCUUCCCUCAAUACGCACAUGACUAACAUGCACAGUGAAAAGAAUCGAACCAUGGUGUGUGACUUCUGUGGCCAAGAGUUCUUGAACAAGAUUUGUUUCGAUCGACACCUGAACGAGCACAACGGAAUCGAGAUUCCAAAAUUGCAGUGUCCGUUCUGUUUCAAGUGGUACCGAGGCGAACGGAACCGGUCAAAUCACAUUGAGUACGUACACAACCAGAAGGGCCGCCAGUAUCCUUGUGACGUCUGCCAUCAAAACUAUCCCAAUGAGCGGGCCAUGAAGAAGCACAAGCGGUACGUGCAUGUGGAGGAGAAGUUCGAGUGCGAAUUCUGCGGCAAACGGUUCAAGCAGUCCGUCAACCUGAAGGAACACCGGACGACCCACACCGGUGAGGUGCUCUAUUCAUGUGAUUUUUGCGGCAUCACGAAAAACUCACGGGCCAAUCUGUACGUGCACGUCAAACAGAAACAUCCUACAGAGUGGGCCGAGCGGAAACUCCGGCAGGCGGAAGAGAACGCUACGCUGUAAGGGAUUGGGGAUGCUGCCGAGCGAAGUAUGCAUUAGAUGGGUUUAGGCACCAAUGGGAAAAGUUAGAAAGCUGGAAUUUCACACCUUAUCUCUGGAACUGUAAGUAUGAGUGACCCUCUAAUAAUGUCCGAUCUUUUAAUGUAAGGGAUCGCUCAUUGAAAUGUAUAAUUGAAAAAGGUUUGUCUCAUGGGGUCCUUAGAGGUGAUCGAAUCCUAAGCGCGAGCGACACGAUUUACAAUACAGAUGUCUAGACAUUACAUAUACAACUCACGACUCCCAAAUCGAUAGACAUGCGAGAUAAGGACUUAGCGACUCAUUGGAAGCCAAGCACUAUACAAAUCUCAAUCAGCCAGCUCUCAAUUGGCAUUGCAGUAUGGAAUUGCAGGAAUUGCAUAUACAAUAGUGUUUGGAUGGGCAUUAAG